AUGCCAGGAUCAGAUGAAAACAAUGGUGAUAAAAAUAACGAUGAACCAUUUAAUGUUGCCGAAUUUUGCAAACGUCAUUUGCGCGCUGGUUGUUGGGCACAAGAGAAAAUAGUGAGUUGAAAUUUAAACUUGAAAUAGUAGAAGGGAAGAUUUUUGAUAAGAUCCGCUGAUUACGAUUCUGUUGUCAAAAAUUGCGAAACUCAACUCCUAAUAUAGGUUAUGACGUGGCAAAGUAUGAAGAUUUCAAAACCCGUAACUCUACAAGGCUAAAAUUUCAUAAAAUCAUGUUUGAAGUUAGAUUUUUGUAAAAUUAUUUCUGAAAUUGUUGUCUUGUGAGCUAAAUGUUUCCAAGUGGAUUUAUGAGCUCGAAAUUUUGCCACGUGGAUUUUCAGCUCAAAUGUUUGUCACAUUCAAAAAUUUCCCAAAAACUCGUCUCGGGUUUUCGAAAUCUUUACCAUGUCAUAACUCAUAAUAGAGGUUGAGUUCUAAAAUUUUUAACCAUGGAAUUAUCAAAAAUCAUAACUGAACUAUAAAAUCUAGAUCAAAAAAUAAAUGAUAUUUUGUAGCUCGAAUACAACUUGAAAGAACUACACGAACUUGUGAAUCAAGUCAUCGAAAUAUUCAAACAAGAACCAACUCUGGCAUAUUUAUCACCACCAUGCACAAUUGUUGGAGAUAUUCACGGACAAUAUCGAGAUUUGAUACGAAUACUUAAUUCAAGACAAGGUUUGAAUGGAAAGAAAGUUGAUGCAAAUAGUGCGAUUCUUUGUAAAGCUAGGUAAUUCUUAAAAAUUAAUUUAUGAUAAGUUUCAAAGUUGUUUUUUUCUAGAUUCAUGUUUUUGGGUGAUUUCGUUGAUCGUGGAAUUCAAUCAAUGGAAUGUAUUAGCCUUGUAUUUGCGCUCAAAGUUCUAUUUCCAAAACAUUAUAUUCUACUUCGUGGAAAUCAUGAGACACGAACAAUCAAUUUUGCAUAUGGUUUUCGAGAGGAAUUGGUCACUCGAAUGGGACAAAAAGAUGGGCUCGAAAUAUGGGAACAUUUUAAUGAAGCAUUUUCGUGGAUGCCUAUAGCUGGACUUGUUGGCGGUAAAAUAUUGUGUAUGCAUGGAGGCAUUUCACCGUGGCUUAACUCGUUGGAUGAUAUUCGAAAUGUAAGAUUUUUUUGAAAUAUUAUAAAUAUAAAUUUAAAAUAUAAAUAUAAAUAUUCAGAUUCCUAGACCAUUAGUUGAUGUAACUGAGAAUAAACUAGCAUUAGAUUUAUUAUGGAGUGAUCCGAUGGAUCAAGGAAAUAUCAAUGCAGUUAAUGAGAAACCACAAUUUCUGAAGAACCCGAUUCGUGGAUUAUCUUGCACUUUUAAUGAGCAAGCAAUUAAUGAAUGUGUGAAGAAAUUGAAUAUUCAAAUGAUUGUUCGAGCACACCAAGUGCAAGAUAAUGGAUUCAAAUUUUCGGCUGAUCGAAAACUUAUCACUAUUUUCAGUGCUCCAAGAUAUAUGCAGGAAAAUGAUGUUAGUUUUUUUUUGGAAUAUCGGGCUUGGCCCGCUUUUUUUUAAACAAUAGGUGUUGUUUAUAUUUUCAAUUUUUGUACAAUUUUCAGAAUAAGGGAUCGAUAUUGAAAGUGAAUGAAUCGGGAGCAAUUUCAAUCAUCACAUUAAAAGCCAAACCCGCGGAUAAAGUGGCAAACAAAGAAGACAUCGAGUCAAAUAAGAAAACAUCGGAUAGUUCGACUGAAGAUGACACUAAAAAGAAAAAAGAACCGAAAUCUUCUAAAACGCAAUCUAUUACUAAAAGUACGAGUACAACUUUAUAA